AUUAUGCUAAAUUUUGAACAUUUACAAUGCAAUUUAUAUGUCCUUUAAGAGGUAUUUUAUUAUCAAACAUACCACAUAAUGCUCAAAAGCAAAGCUACAGACUUAUUAAAAAAAUGACUGUAAGAGAUGCAUUAAAUUCAGCUCUUGAUGAAGAAUUAGCACGAGAUGAAAGUGUCUUUAUUAUGGGGGAAGAAGUUGCACAGUAUGAUGGUGCAUAUAAAGUAACCAAAGGUCUUUGGAAAAAGUAUGGAGAUAAAAGAUUAAUUGAUACACCUAUAACAGAAGCUGGAUUCUGUGGUAUAGCCAUUGGAGCAGCACUUGCAGGUCUAAGACCAAUAUGUGAAUUUAUGACAUUCAAUUUUUCAAUGCAAGCUAUUGAUCGUAUAGUAAAUGGUGCUGCUAAAAAUUUUUAUAUGAGUGCAGGAAAAUAUUCUGUACCCAUUGUAUUUCGUGGUCCAAAUGGUAAUGCUAAAGGUUUAGCAGCACAACAUUCUCAAUGUUUUGCAGGAUGGUAUAUGAGUAUACCUGGCCUAAAAGUUAUGUCACCAACAACUUGUGAAGAUUAUAGAGGUUCUUUAAAAGCUGCUGUUCGAGAUCCUGAUCCAGUAGUAGUUUUAGAAAGUGAAGUACUUUAUAAUAUAGAAUUUCCUGUAUCAGAUGAAGUUAUGGAUAAGAAUUUUGUCAUACCUAUUGGUAAAGCUAAAAUUGAAAAAUCUGGUAAACAUAUUACUUUAGCUUCACAUGGCCAAGCAACCCUCUAUACAAUGCAAGCAGCAGAAAUUCUAGCUGGAGAAGGAAUAGAAGCAGAAGUGAUUAAUUUACGUUGUCUUAGACCACUAGAUUGGGAUACAAUUUUUAAAUCUAUUACAAAAACACACAGACUGAUGACUGUUGAAUUAGGAUGGCCUGUGUGUGGGGUGGGUUCAGAAAUUGUAGCAACAAUAAUGGAAAAUCCAGUAUUUUUUCAACUUGAUGCACCGGCUGUUCGUUGUACUGGCAUUGAUGUACCAAUGCCAUAUGCAGAAAAUAUUGAGUAUGAAUGUACACCAAAAGAACAUCAUAUUGUGAGCUUUGCUAAAAAAGUUUGUGGUGUAAAAGUAUAA